UACGCAUCAUAUCCACAGUUCCAGAAUCCAGACUGCCACCAAUUACACCGAAUAUCGACGAUCGAUCGAUCGAUCUAGGCUCUCCGGUCAAACCAAUCUGCCAAGAAUCACUUGUGAAUUGCGACUUCGUCCCUGGUUCAGAAGCUUCACGGCCGUGUUGCGCCAUGGCACAGCAGCAUCCGUGCGUGCACCCGGCCGUCGUCCCAGCGCCACCAGCCGUGUACCCGCCUCUGCCGCACGGGCCGGUCAUGAACCAGGAACAGCUCGGCGGGGGACGCCCCAACCUCUGGGUGGGCAACGACGCCAACACGCUGCUGGUCGUGGCCACGCUGAUCACCACGCUCACGUACCAGCUCGGCACCAACAUCCCCGGUGGCUAUUGGCAGGAUACCCGUGACGGGCCUAACGGCCACCUCGCCGGCGACCCCAUCAUGCGAGACCUGCACCGGCCCAGGUACUGGGUGUUCAUGGCGGCGAGCUGGGUGGGGUUCGCGAGCUCGAUGGUGAUGACGCUGAGCCUGCUGGUGAGGAUGCCGGUGGACUCGCGCAACGUCCGGUGGUCGUUCGCGGUGGCCUACUCCACGCUGGUGCUCACCUUCAUCGUGUCGCAGCCCAGGACGCACCUGUCGCUCAACAUCCUCGUCUGGGUCGCCGUCCUCGCCUUCCUCUGGUUCACCAUCAGCCUCCGCCCGGAGCGCCGCGCCAAAAUCGCCCAGGCCAUCUGCUGCGGCCACUAACAGCUGAAGAAACCCGCACGCACCGCGACCACCACCACCGGCGUCCUGCGUUAGCCUCUUGCCAUUUUCUUUUGCCCAUUUGAUUGACGGCUCGUGUAACACUUCUACAUACUGUGCAUAUGUAUUGGCGGAUAUGUUGACAGAUUGGCGCAACUGAAUCUCUUCCACUGAUCUUCUGCGUUGGGAGAAUCUGUUUUUUUGAGAGCCCAUACCAAGCAGAAAUCCUGGCCCAGUCUCAACCGAAAUGGACUGCGAGAUGGGCUGAUAUGGCAGGAUAUGGGCUCCGCAUUCUGGAGUAACCAAGGCCGGCGUUCGUUAGUCCGCUUUAGCGAUUUUCUCGUUUUCCAGACACAUGUUUCUCAAUUUUUGUGAAAACUUUAUGCAGGCAAGUUGCUUUAAAAAAGUUAUAUCGGUCUAUUUUCCAAUUUUUUGUAACUAAUAUUUAACUAAUAAUAU